UAGUACCAUAGUUUUACUUUGUAAAGGAAUGAUUAUUUUAUUUGAGAAAUAUUUAUUAUAAAAAAAAUCAAUUAUACGCAGUUUACUUGUUAGCUAUUUCUAGCUUUUUUUCGCUGUACCCAAGAAUAAUGCCAUGUUUCCGCUUUCAGCUCAGUCGUAUAUUCUGAAAGAGAAAAUUGGUUCGGGAUCUUUUGGUAUCGUUUGGAGGGCAAUUGAGAAAUCGUCUGGUGCUACUUUAGCAGUCAAGCAGAUUGAUUUGGAAGCCUCUGUGGAUGACACAAGUGAAAUUGAACAGGAAGUUCAUAUGCUUUCAAAUUGUAGUCAUCCUAAUGUUAUUAAAUAUUACGGAUGCUUCGUCCAAGGACACGUUCUUUGGAUUCUUAUGGAACAUAUGGAUGGAGGUUCUGUUUCUGGGCUGUUAAAAAAGCAAGGCUUGGAAGAAAAAACGAUCUCAAUAAUCUUAAGGGAAACCUUGAAGGGUCUAACUUAUCUACACGAUCAAAAUAAAAUUCACAGGGACAUAAAAGCUGCAAAUAUACUCUUGUCAUCCACGACUGGUGAAGUUAAACUUGCUGACUUUGGUGUGGCUGCCCAACUUUCAAAUGCCGCUUCCAGACGAUAUACCUUCGUAGGGACCCCUUUUUGGAUGGCCCCAGAAGUAAUACAACAAACUAGCUAUGGAACAGCAGCAGAUAUCUGGUCUUUAGGAAUUACGGCUAUAGAGAUGGCAGAAGCAGCUCCUCCCAGAGCAACAAUGCAUCCUAUGCGUGUUAUAUUUGAAAUUCCACAAUCGGAACCGCCAAAGCUUUCCUCCAAUUACAGUCUGGAAUUUCGAGACUUUGUGUCUCGUUGCUUAAAACUUCAUCCUGCUUCUCGUCGUUCUUCGUCGUCUCUUCUAGACCAUCCGUUUAUAAAAGGCUCAGGAAAAGUUGAGUUUCUGAUACCCUUACUUUUGGAAAACAAAAUCCUUAAUGAAGUAGAACAAAAUUCCGAAGAUGAUCUUGAUCCAGGAACUACUAACACUAUAAAACAACCAAACUCCACGACACAUCUGAAAAAUAGUACCAUUGAUGACGGUUGGAACUUUGAAGAAACGGUUCGCAUUAGUUCUCCGCAUGAAACUAAAAAGAAUCUCUCCGUCGAGACAACAAAACCGCAGAAAACCGAGACGUCUAAUUCAGAUUUUACUUUUUCAUCUUUGCAUCCCAAUGAAGCCGAUCUUACUUUGAAAAGGCCCAGAAAUCAGACCAUCAAAGAAAACUCCACUGGUACAUCUCAUUUUAUUAAACAUCCUCAUCCACGAAACCUUGCGGUUACAUGCUUUGACUCUAUAGUUUCUACAAUUCUUUCAGAUCCAAAUUUGUCUGCAGAUCAAAGGUCCUCUCUGAAGUUGUUGGGUUCUACGUUCGACUCGUUGGAUGAAGAUACAUCUUCCCGUCUAAUGAAAAGCUUUAUGUUUGACAGCAAGCUCAACCCAAAGAAAAAAAAACGAGGACCUAUAGCUCAACUUCUAUUCUCACGAUGGCUUGAAGAAACUGAUAAACGUCGAAACUCAAGUUACUCUUUUUCACCCGAGUAACGAAAUGUAUCUUAGAUGAUUGAAAGCAUAAUUUAUUCAUAGUACAUAUUAGUAAAUAUAUGUAAAAAUAGUAUAUAUAAUAACGAGAGUUAGAAAAUUAUGAAAUGCUUCGUAUGGCAUCUUGAACAUUCCAUUGAGACCCUAUUAGCACACGCUCAGCUUGUUCACGAUCCAAAGAAGUGU